AUGUCUCCCCUGCAGCUUUUCUACAUCUUCAUUGUCACGGCGAUGUUCGCACCGAUCCAAGCCAUUCAAUACCAACUUAUCAACAAUGCCACCGGAACGCCCGGUGGAACGAGAUUCGAGUACGAAAUCGGAAUCCCCUGUAGCAAGCAAACCCUAGAGUUUGCCACAAAUUUCAUAUGGCAAACCUUCAAGCAAAAUGAAGGUGAUAGAAAGAAUUAUGAAGAGGUGACAAUGGUGGUGCAAAGCUUUGUUGGGGCAGCAGCCUAUGUUAAUUCCAACACCAUUAACGUCAAUUCAGAUUAUAUAGCAAAUUAUCAAGGAGAUGUGAAGAAUGAAGUUAUUGGACUUCUGUAUCACGAGACCACUCAUGUCUGGCAGUGGUUUAGCAACAAUGAAGCACCCAGUGGCCUUAUUGAGGGAAUAGCUGAUUAUGUGAGGCUAAAAGCUGCAUUGGCUCUGAUAACCGCUGGAUUUCUUAACCCCGAACCAGGGCCUCGACCAUAG